GGAGGGAGAAGUAACCCAGCCCACUCCAACAAACCAUUCAAUCCCUGCACUUUGAGCACUCUGAAAACAUCUCCAGAGUUCCGCACAUCCCUAGGGCAUCUCCACAACGGACGGCCCGAGCCAAACUUCCCCAGGGCAGUACGAGGGACCAGCUCCGCUCCUCUUCAGCCAGAGCAGAACGGCAGAACUGUCCCACGCGCUUUCCUCCACUCCGCAACUGGGAUUUUUAAUUUUUUUCCGAUUUUUGUUUUUGCUUUUUAACUUUAAGACUAGUUUUAAUGGUACUAUAAGCCACACACACAUAUACAGACGCAGACACCAGCACACUUUUGUGUUUAGAUUUAGUCAGAAAUAUAUUUUCUUAGAUCUUUUCUCUUUUUAGAACAGGGGCCACACAGCUAGUGUUUUUGUGUUUUCGUUUUUCUAUGUAAGUUUUUACUGACAGUGCUUGCCCAGCACUGCAUCUCCUCAUUCAGGAUGACUCCAGUGUCCCUGCUGCGUGGAAUGCUACUUCUCUUCUCUGGGAUUUUGGCCGGCAACUGCACCUCUGCCCCUUCGGGGGCCGUGGCCGGGAGGGAGCAGGCGCAGCUCGGGACGACUUCGGCAACGGACUGUCCAUCCUGCGCCCUGGCCCACCUGGGCAGGGCGCCCGGCUCGCAAGGGCCAUCCGACAUGGUGGAGGCUGUCAAGAGGCACAUCCUGAACACACUGCGACUGGACGAGCGGCCGAACGUGACGCAGCCUGUGCCGCGGGCCGCCCUGCUCAACGCCAUCAAGAAGCUGCAUGUGGGCCGCGUGGGCGAAGACGGCAGUGUGGAACUCGAGGACGAGAUCCGCGGCCAGGUGGACAUGGAGGAGCUGGCUGAGCAGACCUCUGAGAUAAUCACCUUUGCUGAGGCAGGUGAGUCUCCGGAAGCUGUCAAUUUCCAGAUCUCCAAAGAAGGCAGUGAGAUGAGCCUGGUAGAGCAGGCCAAUGUGUGGCUCUUCCUUAAGCUGGCCAAGAACAACCGCAGUCGGGCCAAAGUGACUAUCCGGCUUCUGCAGCGGCGUGCGGGCCUGGGUGGCAUGGCCGAGGAGACCACCGUGGCGGAGAAGGCGGUGGACACCCGGCGCAGUGGGUGGCACACGCUGCCUGUAUCUGCCGCUGUGCAGGCACUGCUGAGCAAGGGUGGUGGCAUCCUGGGCUUGCGGGUCACCUGCAGCCAGUGCGCCGAUGCUGGGGCUGCGCUGCUGCUGGUCGGCCGUACGGAGCGCGAGCAGUCACACCGGCCAUUCUUAAUGGCAGUGGUGCGGCAGGCUGGGGAGCGACCGCACCAGCGGCGCAAGCGAGGCCUGGAAUGCGACGGCAAGAUCCGCAUCUGCUGCAAGAAGCACUUCUACGUCAACUUCAAGGACAUCGGCUGGAACGACUGGAUCAUAGCCCCACAUGGCUACCACGCCAACUACUGUGAGGGUGACUGCCCGAGUCACGUGGCCGGCAUCACUGGCUCCUCCCUCUCCUUCCACUCCACGGUCAUCAACCACUACCGCAUGCGGGGCUACAGCCCCUUCACAAGCAUCAAGUCAUGCUGCGUGCCCACGCGCCUCCGCGCCAUGUCCAUGCUCUAUUACAACGAGGAGCAGAAGAUCGUCAAGAAGGACAUCCAGAAUAUGAUCGUGGAAGAGUGCGGCUGCUCGUAGGGAUCGGCAGCCUGCGGAUGGCACCCGGCGCUCGAGCAGCAUCGCUACUCGAACAAAUCAAAUAAAAAUAAACAAACAAACAGUGAGACGGAAGGAGAGCAGGUGAAAUAUUUCACGUCUGCCCUCUAGAGAAAAAUAUUUAUUUUUUUGUUUAGAGUUCCGAUGGUGUGACUCCGAUUUGCUUUCGGUCAUUAGCAAAUCUGACGGAUAUUGGCAACUCAGAGCUCUCUCUGAGGCACUUUCAGAAAAAAAGAAUAUAUAAUAAUAUAUUUUUGUUACACAACAGAGGGAGUGGAGAACGGGACAGUGUGUAUUUAUGUGGCCAAGCUGCAGUGUGUCCUGUCUUUCUGCGUGGCAAUAAAUGAGAUUCCUGUUGCCUAAAGAAAAAAAAUCUCAAAGCUAUGCAACUUGUCAAGUAUUAUGGUUUGAAUUUUUGUGAUCGUUUUGUUUUCUGAACUGUGUAUCUUUUCAAACAAAAAGGAGAAACCUUUUUGAUACAUAUUUUGGUGUAUGUUUUGUGUUUUUGUCAUUGAAAGAUACUUGAAAGAAACAAGUUUGACCAGCUGCUGGAGCCAAACACUUCUCUAUAUUAUUAUUAUUAUUAUUAUUAUUAAUAUUAUAAUAAUUAUUAUUAUUAUUGCCAUUGUUGUUUUCAUUGUCAGUGUUGUUAUUGUCUUUUUUUGUUCGACAUCUUCUUCUUGCCUCGUUUCCUAAAAAAAAAAAUGUUCUAAGCGUUUACAAUUUGCACUAUACAAACAUUUUGAUUAGCCUAGUCACAAUUAUAAUAUAUAUCGGAAUACAGAGGAGUUGCACUUAAGAAUGGCUAAACCUGCGGAGCACAUAAUAAAAUAAGAGCCAACAGUGACAAUGUUAACCCAAGUACACGCAUACGCAUCUAUAUAUUCAAUUAUACUCUUCUGUUUUUGAGAGAACACCAAAGAUGCUUGUCGAAAGUGUGAGGCCCUCAAAGUGUCCAGUCCAGUGAAGCAAUCUCCCUCGGUUUUAUCUUCCCACCUGCAACGUGUCCUUUUGUCCUUAGUAGCUUUGGUCCUUAACUCUUCACGCAUAGAACCCAAAGUAUAUUUCUGUACUGCUAUUGCAGUGAUUGGCAGUCGUCCAUAAACAGAGAAAAGGCACUUAUGACCAAUGUUGUGGUGAUGUGUGUGUUCUAAUGAAUGUGCAGCAUUAAUAUCAUCAAUGAUAUUCAAAAAAGCACUCUGUGUCUGUUUUAUUAUAUGAUGCAAGGAAUUUCUUAUUGUGAUUUCCACAAGUAUUGGGAAAAUCCCUCUAUACCAGCUCAUAGUCAUAGUAUUUGGUUUUUUAUAUGUUGUAAAGAAUUGUUUUCCCUGCUUAUUGCAUUCAACACUGUACCACUGUGCAAUGUCUGAUAUCGAGCUAUUUGAAUAUUUUACAUACAAAGUUUGCUUUGCAGGAUGGACUGAAAGAAAAUCCAUAUAUUGCAAUCUUUUCCUGACAUACAUAUGUACAAAAACAAUAAAUAUGGAAAGAAAAAAAUAUGAAAAAAAAAACAAGAAAAAUACAAACCGAAAAAAAAACAUUGUUUUCCUUUUUUCAGAACAAAAUAAAUAACACUGAAGAAAGUGUGUGAAAUAAGGCUUAAAAUAUAUUUUAUUUUUAUUAUAUGUAUAUAUGAAGAUCCAGAUACAGAUAUGUUGCAUUGCUUUGUUGUACAAAUCAAAAAUGUGCUUGUGGCUAUGUUUUCUAUCUAAUUUAUUUACAGUAAUUUUUGCUUCACUAUUAAAGCUAAAGGGUUGUACACUAA